AUGUUCACCUAUAGAGGCCGUGGUGGCCCAUCCCGGUCGACACCUUCUAAACGCCACUACUCAUAUGAGUGUAAAGCCACUGCCCAAGAGCGUCCCUACGUGUCGCGUCCAUCGCGAUCUCAGCAGUUCCGAAAUCCCAAACUGGUGCCCAAGCUCACAAAUGAGACAUUGAACCCUCUUGAGCAAAAGAAAGGUGUGGCGGAUGAAGAGCUGGCUAAAUUGGAAGCCUCACGCGCCCGCGAGCGCGAGCGAGAACAGAGAGACGAUGGGCUGAUUGAGCCAAACGUAAAACGUCAUGGAUCAGUGUCUUCUCGUUCAGUUUCUACCAUUUCCACUGGCGCUUCGCGAUCACCAUCACUUGGUAAAGACAGGGCCAGAUCCCCUGCCCAGUCGCCACGAAGUCGAAGCCCCUAUUCAGACGACUCACAGCCCGAAGCCCUCGUGUGGAAGCUCGACACAGGCGUUCCGAUUCUAAUCGCAGCCCUUCUCCUAGAGAUUUUGACCAUCGCGACCAGUACAGGUCCCGGGACCCUUUACCUUCUGUCAAGGGGAGCGCGCCACCAAGGCAUCCUAGGGAAUAUCUACCCAAGUCUUCGAGUCCGCAUAGCUCCCGUCAUCGACGUUCUGGGAGCCCAAUGUCACCCCAACCAAGAGGCAGACGUGAUCAGAGGCCAGAUCGAUCCAGGACUAGGCAUAACCGUGAGAGACUGCCACCUCGUGGAAGGUUUGAUAACAGAAGACAAGGACACGGAGGUCCGGAUCCUGGGGAUCACGCACGAGAACGAAGCUUGA